AUGUCAAAUGGAUGCAAAGGAAAAGAACUCUGUCCACGUUUAAUUGAUUAUUUGGUGAUAGUUGGUCGACGUCGUGGAAAAUAUAUAUCUCAGACAAAUAUUAAUGAUGCAUCAUCAUCAUCAAUGCCACAAAGUGUAACACCUGAAUUGUUGAGACGUUAUCCAAAUGAUGAUCACAAGGAUUUUUUUCUUCCUACCGAUGUUACAGUAUUUUGUCAACCUGAAGGUUGUAUCACAAAAGAAGUACCACGGGAUUCUCAUUCACAUCGAGAAACAACAAAUUUUGUUUUUACAUUGACUGAAAAAGAUUCAGCAAAAAUUCGCUAUGGAAUUUGCUUAAAUUUUUUGCAAAGUUACGAAAAAUAUCCUACUGCAUCUAUGGAUGGUAAAAAUAUUUUGAGCAGUAAUCGUUCUCACAAAAGACUUGAUCAAAGGCUUUCAUUAACAAGCUUAUGCUUGAUUAGCCAUCAUCCAUUUCUUUCCAUAUUUCGAGAACUGCUGGUGUUAUUGAAGAGAUUGAUCGAUGGUUGUAGUCAAAGACUUAGCGAAGGUGGACAAUAUUCAAAAGAUAUGAUUUGGGCAAUACUUACGGGUUGUUGGACGGAACCAAUACCACCAAGGGUUAUGCAAGAUAUUCGAGAAUUGGAAACAUGGAUUUUGAUGUUAUUAAGUGCACCAGUUUCUGUUCCAGGAAAAACUAAGAUACUUUUAGAGGUAUUACCAUCAAACAUUAUACCAAUUUUUGAAUUUGCUCUUCCUGAUCAUACGCGAUUUUCAUUUGUUGAUUUUCCACUUCAUUUACCACUUGAACUUCUUGGAAUUGAUACAGCUAUGAAAGUAAUGGCUGCUAUAAUGCUUGAAUCAAAGGUUGUUCUACAAUCACGUAAUUACAAUGCUGUUAGUAUGUGCGUCUUAGCACUUGUUGCUCUAAUGUAUCCAUUAGAAUAUAUGUUCCCCGUUAUACCUUUACUUCCAUCUUUUAUGUCCUCAGCUGAACAAUUAUUAUAUGCACCGACACCAUUUGUAAUCGGUGUACCAGCAUCAUUUUUUGCCCAUAAAGCUAUUGAUAUACCAAAUGAUGUUAUUGUUGUUGAUCUUGAUACAAAUCAAUUAUUGAUAUCAGAUGAUAUUGACAUUCCUGAUAUGCCGGAACCAGAUAGUACUGAAUUAAAGAAUAAUUUACGUAAAUCAUUGGAUAAAUUAUUGCUAAGUGUACCAGAAAUGGAAUCGAAAAGUGAUGAAAUGGUUGAGAUGAAUUCUGCAUUUGAUAGUGACGCUGUUGAUAUUGCUGUUCGCGUUGCUAUGAUCCGUUUUUUUAAUAGUGCAAAUGUAUUUGCAAAUUUUUGUGAGCAUACGCGUACAUUACGUCUUUAUCCACGACCAGUCGUUGCACUUCAAACAGAAUCUUUCCUGCGUAGCCGUCCGCAAUUUACACAAUUUAUUGCUGAACUUUGCAAAACUCAAGCUGUGGAAUAUUUUGCUGAAUGUUCCUUAUGUCCACAUAAUGAAACAUAUGUACGAGUACAGGCAGGAACGGAUGAUCCAAAACAAAUUGGUGAUAAAGGAAAAUGGUUUAACGAAUCGUUGAUGCCUAUUCAUUUUGCAAUAUAUUCGAAUGAUUCGACGCUUGUUGAUGCAUGGCAAAAAGCUGCAAAGGAACGACAAAACAGUGCAACAGAUUCUAACGGCGAUGAAGUAAGUGAUGCUGGAAAUACUGAUGGUGAAAGCUUUUCCAGCAUUGAUGAUCUCUUGUUCGAUAUUCCUGAUCAAACGGAUACAUCUAUCGGAGCAAAAUCACUUGCAGAAGUAGAUGACGUUUAUAAGGAGCCACUGACGUUAGCUAUUCCGAGAAGUGAAAGUGUACACUCAGUUCAUAGUUCGACAAGCAGUGGCCAAUCUACACCAUCUUCAUCAAUUUCAACAUCAGCAAUGGAUAGUGAAGCUGAUUUUGCAAGACUUGCCGACAAUUUGGCAUUAAAAUCAGAUAGCAGAGGUGACUUUUCGUUUCGUCCUUCAAAUGAAUCAACUCCGAUAAAUGAUCGUCAAACCUUAGCAUCUCGUAGACUAUCAUCCCAGUCCGGAAGUUCAACCAGUACAGCAACCAACAAAACACCACCAUUAAAAGCAGCUGGUAUUAAGGGUUUGGCUCAAUUAGCAGAUUCAGGUGAAAAAGUUCUUGGACCACAGUUCAUGAAUGCACUUAAUGGAUAUGCAGAGAGAAGUCAUGAUAUGUUAAAUCAGGUUUUACAUCGUACAGCUCCGAAAGCUCAAGCUAUACGAGAUAAAGCUGUCCGUCCAAUUGCUUUAGCUGCAGCAAAUCGAGUAGAACAAAGUCAACAUCUUGUAAGGACAAGAAGUAGCAUGAUUGGCGACAGAAAUGCUAAUGCAGCUGCACAACAAAGUAAGAAUCAACAAAUUGUUCGCGAAAUAUGUAAUCAAAUCCUAGCUGGUCAAGGAGUUGGUGUUUUCACAUAUCCAAAAUUGAAACGAUUAAUGGAAGAUGAAAGCUUGAGACAACUUGUUUGUUCCAAAUUAAAUCUCAGUCUUGAUGUGCAACAUUAUGAAGAUGAUUUCAUGCAAGAUAUGCAAUUAACUCGAAAUCAAUAUAAAGGAUAUUUGAAAGUUUUGCAAACAUGUAUUGCUGGUUUGGAAUGUUCAUACAAUUCAUCUGAUUCUAAUGGUUUAGCUUCAUUAUUUCAUGUACUUGAAAUUGCCCAUUCUCAUUAUUGGACAAAAGAAACUGAAGUUACAUCACCACAAAGUGCAUCUAGAAGUUUGCUUAAUACUCCAUCAUCAUCACUAUAUGAUGUACAGCGACAACAGCAUGAUAUUUCAUCACCGAUACAUCUGCCACCAAUUCCAAUCCAACCACCGCCGUCUCUACCAUUCCCUGUAAAUCAAGUUCCUAAACCUCCCAUACCACCGCGUAUUUCUCAUGAAAUUGUAUUACCUACUGGUCCACCACCACCACUUCCACCACGGCCGGGAGUUCGUCCAAGUACACGUGAUAAUGCGCAAUCAAUGUCAAAGCCUAAUGUCCAAUCAAAAAAUUUGGAAGAAGUAACGAAGACAAACAGUACUUUAUCACCUGAUACCAAAAAUUCCAAAUUAAAAUUAAAUCCUGUUAAUAAAAUAGAAAAAAUUUCGACUACAUCUCGACGUCCAUCAUUCAGUUCAACCAUUAAAUCUCGCUUUAAUUUGCAUCCACCAGAUAGUUUGUCACUAGAUUCAACAACUUCAUUACGUGUCUCAUCUGAUGUUAAACCAAUACGACACUUCAUUUAUCAAGAUUUGAUAUUGCCUUCACCAAAUCCGUUAUGGCAAAAAAUGGAUUUUUGGGAAAAUGCAUUUUUCGAUGUGGUUGCACGAGAACGCGAUAUUAUAGGAAUGGAUCAAGAACCAUGUGAAAUGAUUGAUAGAUAUUGUGGUUUGUCAGAAUCUGAAAAGCGCCGUCUAGAAUUAGAGGAAGAUCAUUUAUUGUCUACAUUACUUCAUAAUUUAACAUCUUAUAUGAUUAUGUGCGGUUGUGGUCAACGAGCUGUUCAACAGAAAAUACGACGUUUGUUAGGUAAAGCGCAUAUUGGCUUGGUUUAUUCAAAAACAAUCAAUCAACUUUUGGAUGAACUUCCAAAAACUCAAAGUAAUGGAAUACCACUGAAACCACUCGGAAGUCGUCUUAUUCAAAAACGAUUAUUUACUGUUCAUGAAGGAGCUACAGCGCAAGAUCCGUUAGUAUUUAUAGAGGUAUGCGAUGACGCAGUUGUACUUCGAUCGGUACUUGGCGCUAUUACAGAACGAUGGUGGUAUGAACGUCUAGUCAAUAUGACGUAUUCUCCCAAAACACGUCUUUUAUGCUUAUGGCGACGACAUGAAGGAAAAGUGUAUAUGCACAAAUUUUACACAAGAAAGUGUCGCGAAUUGUAUACUACAAUGAAGGAAGCAAUGGAGCGAGCUGCUAAACGAGGUAAAGUUACACUAUCUGGCCGAGAUUUGGGUGGUGAAUUUCCGAUUCAGGAUAUGGAAUCAAAUCAAGGUGGAAUACUACAAGUACGAUUAGAUGGUGUAGCAUUGCUUUUCGAAGAUAGACAGCAUUUCGUUGAAUUGAGCAAUUUUAAAAAAUGUUGUACACUUGGUAGAAAUGUAUUUGUUCUUCAGGAAUAUGAUCGUAAAAAGAAUAAACUAAUACAGAGGCGUUAUUUAUCCCAAAUGGCUGAUCAGAUUUGUUAUGCGGUUUUGUGCGUUUUCUCUUUCGUUGCUACAGGACGUCGAACAAGUGAUAUGAUUUAA